GCUAUUAUUAUAAUAGCUGGUCGAAGCUCCACGGUGCCAGACACACAUAUAGCCAGUGCGAUCGUUGGUUAGCGUAAAUAUCGCGAUUAGAUUUAAGCCGACAGCCGUAACGGGAUGGAGUCUUGGCUAAAGAUAUCGUGUUUGCUCUGCAUUUUCGGCUUCCUCAGGGAGCUGAGGCCCUCGGAGCCGUAUCAUGCUGAGAUCCUGAUGGGCGAGUGGUAUCAUGUCACCCAGGACGAGGUCAAUCGAAAGGUUUAUCCCGUGGGAACCUACUCCUACCUGGCGCUUCUAAUCUUUGUCUUCCUUAUAACGGAUUUGCUCAGAUACAAACCCGUGAUCAUCGCCAACGCAAUUACUGGAAUAAGCAUCUGGGGAACUCUGAUAUGGACAAGCACUUUGGGCGGCCUUCAGGCGGUGGAGGUGUUCUAUGGCUUUUACCAGGCUGCCGAGGUGGCCUACUACUCGUACAUCUAUGCCAAGGUGGACAAACAGUACUAUCCCCGGGUGACCUCGCAUACUCGGGCAGCAAUGUUUGUGGGCAAACUGGUGGCCGGUCUUCUGGCGCAACUGGUGAUCGGCAUGCAGUGGAUGAACUACAAGCAGCUGUUCUACAUCUCCGUGAGCUCUCAAGUUGCGGCGCUUCUAUGGGCCUUCAGUUUGCCAAAGGUGGAAAAAAGUGUGUACUUCCACAAUCGAACCGAAGCUAUACAAGUUGCUGGCAAAUCGGAUGGAGGAGGUCUAGAGAAGGGAUCAGGGGAUACCGAUGGGAAAGAAACGGAACCGAAGACAGUCCCGAGUCCUAGUAAGAAGGUCCCAGCUUGGCAGCUUCUCUGGUCGCAUUUUCGUAGUGCCUAUACUAAUCACUUGGUGAUUCAAUGGAGCUUAUGGUAUGCUAUAAGUCUGUCGGGAUUUCUACAAAUCACCACCUAUAUGCAGGUGGUUUGGAAGUCCUUCGCAAAUGAACCAACAAUUGCUUGGAACGGAGCUGUGGACGUUGCCCUGACACUUCUGAGUGCUGUCUUUGCCCUUCUUGCAGGAUACUUCCAUGCUGGACGUUUGAGCACCAGGAGCAGCCUGCUUUCAAUGGCUCUACUGUCUAUCCUUGAGGGUGGUUGUGUGCUCCUUUCCUGCUGGACCGUUAAUAUAUACCUAUCCUACCUUGGCUAUGUGCUUUACGGAGGAUUAUUCGCCUUUACCAUAACAGUGGCCAGUUCUGAAUUGGCCAGCAGCUUGGUGGAGGAUAGUUUCGCCCUGGUUUUCGGUUUCAAUACUUUUUUGGGCCUCAUCCUUCAAUGCAUCUUGACAUUUGUGGUUGUCUCGGAGAAGGUCAAUUUAAAUCUGGAUGUUUUCCAGCAGUUUACAGUCUAUGCCAUAUACUUUAUAGUUAUUGGAGUAGUCUAUUCAAUGGCUGUUCUACUUCACUACAUAUGGUCAUGCUCGAAAAGAUCAAAAUCCAUUCAAGUUUCUUAUUAAGGAACUUUAUACUACUCUUAUGUUCAAAUAAUUGGUUAAUGUGAAAGUGUUCAAUUUCGGUUAAAGCAUAAAUAAAAAACAAAAAUAAAUAUACCAAAUUAAGAUAUA